AAUGAGAGCUAUAGAUUUAAGCUCAUGCCCACGUGCUUGGCAGCAAAGCUUGGAUUGGCACAAAGCCAUGACGCACACCUACCUCUACGGUCCGGGCGGCCAAAGCAAUCCAGUCGUACGCUCUCCGCCAGUGUCGUGCGCUUUGCCGAUUACGUGCAAGGUGCAGAGAUCGCAUAGCCCGCUCUCUAGCCGGACAAGCCUACUCAAACGCGAGCGACUCCGGAUGUGGGAGGCUGGUGCAGUAGAGGUACUUAAGCAGAAGCCAGCCAUCAUGGUUCUCAAGCAGAGCGAGUUCCCACUGGACCGAAUCGUCAACUGGAGAGGCGCGAUUGGGUAUGAUGUUCCCUUCGCUCUCCCAGGCACUUUGUGUACUGAUCGCUGGCGCACUUGCCUCCGCUAAGUCGUCCCCUCCAGGCUCGAAGGCUUACACUGCACCUGCAGGCUUUCCGACCUCUGCAUUUUCAUCUUACUAUUUGAGCCCAGCGAAACCGACUGCAGAGCCCCAGCCAGCUCUCUACGACGCUGUUCUCAACAUCACUUACCCUGCAAACCUGACGAAUCCAUUCACGAUUCCUCAGAACGACGACGACCCUGUGUUCUUCCCUCCUGCAUUGGCCAACUUAUCAGAAACACAGACACGUACAUUCCUAUACGAGAUCGUUUCUCAAAUUUCCGAAGUUAUUGAGGGCAGCAAUGUCAACGGCAACUGCUCCAAAUGCAUCGCGGCUUUGAGUAUUGCACGCUCGGCCGCUGUACUUAUCCCUGAUGCUCUGCCGGAAGCCAUGGUCGCGCUCUGCAAGAAGUACAAAUUUCACGACGACGAGACGUGCGAAGAAGACUUUGAGACGUCGACGUUUGGUUCUGUAUGGGCCCAGGUACUUCGCUAUGCGGACGUUGGAGGAUGGGAUGGCCGGCAGAUUUGCAACUCGCUGUCCAGCACCUUUUGCCCGCGUCCGUACACCCUCCCUACGAACACUACUGGACUGUUUCCAAAGCCUAAGCCGUGCAAUGCUAGGGUGCCUAAGGCCAGCGGCAAGCGUGUGAAGGUUCUUCAUAUGUCAGACUUCCACCUUGAUCCUCGCUUUGCUGUUGGUUCUGAGGCAAAUUGCACGUCUAGCUUGUGUUGUCGUGCAAACAACAAUAACAAAGCACUUCCCAUCGGUCAGGUUUCGCUACCAGCCAACCCUUACGGUAAUUAUAAGUGCGACUCGCCAUACGAUCUCGGACUUGCCGCACUACAGGCCGUUGGCCCAUUGACCGGCACUUCCGAAAAAGACUCUCUGGGAUGGACUGUCUAUACUGGCGACCUCGUCUCCCACGACGGCCAGAGCCAGCUGUCCCGGCUGUACGUCGAGUACGCUGAGGACUCCGUGUAUGGCAUGUUCAAGACCUACAUCUCCGGACCCGUAUUCGCCGCACUUGGCAACCACGAUAGCAACCCCGAAGCUAUCGACUCGCCUCACAACUUGCCCGGACCUCUUGGACAGCAGCAAUCGUGGAACUACGACCAUGUCGCUGGUUUGUGGCGGAACAAUGGCUGGAUCAGCAAAGCGCAGGCUGAUGAGGCUCGCCUACACUAUGGAGGGUACUCUGUUAAGAACCACUACGGGCUGAGAGUGAUUACAUUCAACACAGACUUCUGGUACCGGAGUAACUUCCUCACCUUCAUCAAUACCACCCAGCCGGACAACAGUGGUAUGUUCAGAUGGAUGAUAGACGAGCUGCAAGCUGCAGAGGAUGCUGGCGAGCGAGUGUGGAUUGUGGGGCAUGUUCUGUCGGGCUGGGAUGGGUCGAACCCACUGCCCAACCCCACAGACUUGUUCUAUCAGAUCAUCGAUCGCUACUCGCCUCACGUCGUUGCUAAUGUGUUCUUCGGCCACACCCAUGAGGACCAAGUGAUGAUUUACUACGCAAACAACGGCACAAAUCAAUCUGCUGGCAGUGCAUUGAACACCGGGUGGAUCGGCCCAUCCGUCACGCCACUGACAAACCUGAACUCAGGAUUCCGUCUGUACGAAGUAGACACCGGCGACUUCAACAUCUACGAUGCAUGGACAUUCACGAGCCCUGUCAACAGCUACCCGAACUUGACCGUUACCGGGCCGACAUUCAGUCUUGAGUACAGUACCCGUGAAGCCUACGGUUCAGCAGCCGGCUGGUCCUCGAACGAUCCGCUCAACGCCACAUUCUGGCACCGUGUUACGGAAGCAAUGGAGCGGAAUCGCACGCUUGUCUCGCUCUUCAAUACCUACCAGGGAAAGUCUUCGGUCCAGAGUCCUAACUGUACGAGCGAUGCGUGUGCAGUCGCUAAGGUCUGUUAUAUGCGUAGUGGUAGUGUAGCUCUAGGACAGAGCUGUCCUCAAGGUUUUGGGUCGGUACAGAGCGCGUUUACUGGAAAGAACUUCUAGUGCAUAGCGACUGCGAUUGUGAUCUCGGGUACCUAGCUCUCACAACCCAUAUCCUGAUAAGCCAUCGUCCGAAAUUUCAAUACACUGCGUUCAGCUCCACAGUUGCGAAAUACCCUC